GGUGAUGUUGCUUAUUUGUACUUAUCUCUUCCUGUGUUUGUCUGCCGCAGGCCCGGGCGCGGAGCGGCCUACUCUGCCGAGGAGGAGCCCAAGUCCUGCUGCGGGGUGCUGGUGGGGCAGCCCGUCUCCAUCCGGUGGUUCAUCCUCCUCAUCCUGCUCGUCGGGCUGUGCUGCGCCGUGGUGGGCACCGUGCUGGGGGCCAUGAAGGCCUCGGGCAGGGAGCACCUCACCGUCUCGUUGCUCAUGAUAGGCGUCGGCAUCGUGCUGGUCACCGUGUCGGGCGUGGCGUGGCGCCUCACCUCCCACGACGCGCCGUCCUGUCGCGUCAUGCUGGGCAUGGCGAGCGGGGACGAGGGCGCCGCCGAGCCCAACCGGCGCUUCGUGCCGCGGCUGCCGCCCUCGUACGGCCGGCCGCACCACCCCUACGCGGCCAUGAUGUACCCCGAGUUCCAGUACCGGCCGCCGCCGCCGUCCUACCAGGCGUCCAUGCAGGAGUACCGCCUCCGGCUGCUGCUGCUCGACAGGCACCCCGGCGCCGGCGGCGUCGGCGGGCCCGCGCCGCCGUCGUCCGCGGUGUCGCCGCCGCCCACCUACCGGUCGCACGCCGGCAGCCUCCUCAGGGCUCCGCUGGGCUGCCGUCGAGAAGUGGCCGCCUCCGAGUACAGCCGCCCUCCUAGCUACCGGUCGAGAUCGUCGUCGACGCGGCCCUCCCUGGAACCGGGCGGCGGCGGCUCUGGCGGCCUCGCGGGCAGCCUUGCUGGCGCGCUAGCCGGCGCCCUGGGGGCCGCGGGCCUGCACUCCAGGACGGGCUCCGUGGCCACCGAGCACUCGCUGUCGGACGCCGGGACCUGCCCGCCGCAGCCGGUCUCCGUCAUCAGCGUGGGCGGCGGCGACAGCGUGAAGUGCGACCCGGACUCGGUCCAGGAGGUGUUCGCCAUAACGGGCGGAGAUCCGGCCAGCUCGACGCUGCAGAUGAUGCUGCGGAAGAGCGACCGAGGGUCCCCUACGAAGGACACAAACCUAGUCACCAUUGUUCAGACGAGCAGCAGCGGCGCCGUGACCGCGCCGGCCGCGCACCCUCGCACGGCCCAGGAGCGGCCGGCGCCCGUCAUCGUGACGGUGUCGGGCGCCACGACCACGUCCCUGCCCGUCUGCUCGGACAACACAGAGAUGGAGAUCUUGGCCCAUCUCUGACCGAAGUUUACAGCCCCGGUGGACACUCGGGGCCAGUGGAAGGGGGGAGGGACCACACACCUGGCACCCGUUUCCCCAAGCAACUGUCGAGGGUUGGAGGUCCUCACUAAAAUCCCUGUGACCGCCCUCUCGACUUUUCACUGGCCCUACUUAUGGGUAUGUUCAGUGUUUUGAUUGUUAUAGAGAGUGUUGAUGGACAGUUCUUGCAGUGUACACUGCACAGAGCUGAACUGAUAACAUUUUCAAUCAAAAUGAAUUAUUAUAUUGAAUAAAUGACAAGUAUAAA